UGAUCUGUAUCAAUAUGCCUUCUGCUAGACUACACAUAUUUAACUUACCUCUUGUAUAGAUGCACUUAUGUAGCAUAUUCUAGGAAAAUGUAUAAACGAGAUGGUUAAAUGCCAUAUUAUUCUCCAUGUGAAACAGUGUUUUUUAGAAAGGAAAACAAAUAUCAAAUAUGGCGAUCACCAUUCAUUUUAUUGCAGAUAAUUGCUGAAGCAGAUUGUGUGCACACAUGUGCACACACACACACACACACACAUAAACUGAAGAACUGCAGAAUACCAUAAAAUGACAUGUAGAUGCAAAAAGAAACAAUUAAUUGACACUCGUCUGACGGCAUUAUGGACUAUUUAAAGUCAAUAUUUGGUACGGGUGAUCAGAAAUCACCACUGUCAUUUGAUUCUAAACCAUCUUUUUCCACUGAAAGUGUCCAGCCUUCUGCCUCCAGUUUGGUCACAGCGAAGCAGGACGUCUCAUCCAAUAUUGUUACACCAGGACUGUCAAACAAUGAGAAACACACUUUUGUCGACAUGGUAACUGACACUGUAACCGAAGCUGGAGCCAUCAUAAAGCACUAUAUUACAAGAGUUGUGCCCCUUGAAGAAGGAGACUGCUUAAGCUGUAAGCUGAUUGGUGUGUCAGUACUGUGGGGUGCUGCUAGUUUUGUCGUGAUUCAGGGUAGAAAGGCACGAGAGAAAUACACUGGCUUUAGGAGAGUUACUUUCUUCAUUCAUGUGGGAUUCUUAUCAUCAGGUCUGUUUGUCUUGGGUAUGGCACGGUUAUUGGACAAGAGUAUUUUUGAGAAGGAUAAAGGAAAUAAAAAGAGUAUUCUGGAAAUGACAAUUUCAGACCUGAAGGCAAUCCAACAGAUAUUUAAAACACCAAGUAAAGACACAACCACAAGAGAGCAUCCUGGCGAUUGAAAUAUAGUCCUGAGUGUGUAUUGUCUAAACUGUUUAUAACAGACACUGAUAUAUAGUCUUAUGUGUGUAUUGUCUAAAUUGUUUAUAACAAGCACUGAAAUAUAGUCCUGAGUGUGUAUUGUCUAAACUGUUUAUAACAAACACUGAAAUAUAGUUCUGAGUGUGUAUUGUCUAAACUGUUUAUAACAAACACUGAAAUAUAGUCCUGAGUGUGUAUUGUUUAAACUGUUUAUAACACACUGAUAUAUAAUCUUAUGUGUGUAUUGUCUAAACUGUUUAUAACAAACACUGAAAUAUAGUCCUGAGUGUGUAUUGUCUAAACUGUUUAUAACAAACACUGAAAUAUAGUCCUGAGUGUGUAUUGUCUAAACUGUUUAUAACAGACACUGAUAUAUAGUCUUAUGUGUGUAUUGUCUAAACUGUUUAUAACAAACACUGAAAUAUAGUCCUGAGUGUGUAUUGUCUAAACUGUUUAUAAUAGACACUGAUAUAUAGUCUUAUGUGUGUAUUGUCUAAAUUGUUUAUAACAAACACUGAAAUAUAGUCCUGAGUGUGUAUUGUCUAAACUGUUUAUAACAAACACUGAAAUAUAGUCCUGAGUGUGUAUUGUCUAAACUGUUUAUAAUAGAUACUGAUAUAUAGUCUUAUGUGUGUAUUGUCUAAAUUGUUUAUAACAAACACUGAAAUAUAGUCCUGAGUGUGUAUUGUCUAAACUGUUUAUAACAAACACUGAAAUAUAGUCCUGAGUGUGUAUUGUCUAAACAGUUUAUAACAGACACUGUGGAAUUGCAGUUGAUUUGUUUUCAGUUUCUGUGCAGUGUGGCAAAGCCACAAAACUAAUAACUAUUGUGUGAAAAUUUCACCCAGUAGUCUUAUAGACAUGGGCAACAGGAGCAGGAUUCAGAUUUAACAGUGAUGAUGCAUCAAAUUGUUAAUUGCCUUCUUCAUAUAUCUUAAGGCCCAGAAAAUUAAACCGUCUUAUUUUGUGUUACUAAUUAUUGGUCGUCAUACUUGAAUGGAACUCCUGAAAGUUGUUUCGUUACAAAGAUAAAACAUCUUUCACUUCUUUAUUUUUAAUGGGUGUUGUUGAAGGUUGCCGUUUUGCCUUUCCUCCUGACCAUAGUACCCAAACAAAACCUCCAUUGGUCUAAGCCAAAUGGCCUUACCCUUUAAUUUGCCAAAUUCGAGGUCAGCAGAAGUAUUAUAUGAGAUGACAUCACCCACUGUGGUUCCCUUUGGAAUGUUUGGGGCUUAAAAUGAUCUAAAAUGCAUCUUCUUCAAUUGUCAUACAAAUUUAGAUUUGUUUUUACACAGCGAUAAUUAUUUUUAUAAAGCAACAGUAUGUUUAGUAAUGUAAAUUGAUUCAUGACUGUCACUAAUAAAAACUUUGAAAGCAAAA